UCCUAUACGUCCGAGGACUGUACGGCGGAAUGAACACGCCUUUGGAGAGCUCCUGGAACGAAAAAUAUGGGUUGAUGCCACGGAACCGCUUCAGAGAGAUCAUGCGAUAGCAAGAGAGACCAGACGCAUGCGCCUGGAAACCCUGGUAUCAGAAGUGUGGGGAACGUUUGUACAGAACCGUGUUUCCUCUUACAAGCCUGCAGUUAACAUUACCGUUGAGGAGCAAUGGUUCCCCAGAAACGCUAAGUGCAGCUUUACGCAGUACAUCCUUUACAAGCAAGACAAGUGGGGCAUGAAGUUUCGGUUGGCAGCUGACGUUGACAGCAAGUACGUGCUGAAUGUCUUUCCAUAUCUGGGGAAAGAUGAAUCUCAGCAUCCUGAAAAUGUGGGCAUGAGGCUUGUAGAACCUUACCUUGGCGAGGGUAGGAAUGUAAACACAGACGAGAUCUUCACAUCACUUCCAUUGGCAAAUAAAUGGAUUGACAAGAACACAAGCCUGGUGGGGGUGGUGAAUAAGAUGAUACCGGAGCUGCCUCCAUCUGCAUGUAACCCGUCACAAGCAGAGCUGUUAUCCACAGCGGUGCUGAAGCACGACAAAGCAGCACUUACGGUUUACAAAUGUAAGCCAAGAGAGAACGUCUGUAUCCUGAGUACUAUGCAUCUGACAGUUGCCAUUGGCGGUGACACAAAGAGAACCAGAGACCCUGACGCACUAAAACAACACACAGUUGGUGUGGAUACGAUGGCCAGACAUUUCACGGUGAAAGGGGGUACUCGCCGCUGGCCCUUUGCCGUAUUCUACAACUUGCUUGGCCUGGCUGCUAUCAACGCGCACGUUUUGUUCACCCUGUGCACUGGUAAGACAUCACGAGGAGAGAUUUCAUCAUGCAGUUGGCAUUGGCGCUUCGUGAGAACCACACGAGCGCCAGGGGCAAGGCAGCAGCGCACGACGUGCCAAAUGACGCACCACCGCUCUUCCGAGAAGAAGAGACAGUGGACGGAUGCGCACGGAAAGAAAACUGCGACUUCUGCGGGAAGAAAUUUGUCCGCGGAAAGUGCUCAUUCCAGAAUAAAGAUUUGUCGAAGAUUUGUGUUGAAUGUCAUGGAAUAACUGCUGCUAAGCGUAAAGGCGCACGUGCCCGAGAGAGGCCACGACGAGUUCAUUAAUAACUGACACCUGUACAGGUUGUUUUUAUGACUGACACUUGUUAUAUGCUUGAUAUGUUAUUUUAUAAUAACGUUAUCGUUUUACAUUUGCUCGUUGUACACUCCAUUGAGAUGACUCUCGGCCCAUUUAGCCCUAUUGACAGUGCGAAUUUUGGAACACCUAUAGCCUACGAGGUUGACCACUUAGUCUAACAUAAGAGCGGAUGUUAUAAAAAGAUGCUUCUACAUUCAAUUACGGUGAAUGUGAUUUCUGUAUCGUUCUUUUCGCUAAAAUCUACAGAUAAAAUGGAAUUACCAUUUACAUGUUGGUGUUUCUUUCCCUCAAUUAAAACAGAACAACCUAGGCUAUUAUAAAGGUCUAAAACUCUAAAUGUAGUCAAGCAGCAUGACCUAUAACAGGGUCACCAGAAAACGUGUGGAGAGGCGACAUUUGCCGCAGCGCAUUUCAAUAUUUUGGUUUAGUUUAUUCAAAUACAGUAUAGUCCAUUUUGU